AUGGCAAAUUUCUUGGUAAUAACUCGAGAGACUUUGGAUGUUGGAGCGAUUAGCACUUUAGUCGCGAAUGAGAAGUGCGGUGCCAUUUCUUUAUUUGUAGGAACAACUCGGGAUUCGUUUGAGGGAAAGAACGUUCACUUCCUGGAGUAUGAGGCUUAUGAAUCAAUGGCUAAAAAAGAGUUGCAAAAGUUGUGUGAUACGUUACGUUCUCGCUGGCAAGAUGUAUUAAAUAUAGCAAUUUAUCAUCGUCUUGGUUUAGUUGCACCCAAAGAAGCAAGUGUUGUCAUAGCAAUUUCAUCUCCACAUCGACAGGAUUCUCUUGAUGCAGUAUCAUAUGCGAUUGACGAAUUGAAGAAAAAAGUGCCAAUUUGGAAAAAAGAAUUAUACCACAACGGUGAUUCAGAUUGGAAACAAAAUAAAGAGUUAUAUGGCAAUUACAUAGAAAAAGGAAAAUUUAAUAUUUCAAAAGCUAAGUUACAUACCGAAAUUUCUGUGCCAAAGGAGCUAGUGCAAAUAACAGCGGAAGAAAGUGAAAUUUGGAAUCGUGUAGUAUGUUUUCUUAAAAAGAAACGCAAGGAGAUUGAUCAAGGCAACAUUAUUGACUACGUUAAUACAGGAAGGCUUUCGAAAAUCAAGGAAGAAUCAGUACAAAGUUGUAUACUUGGGGAUACUUGCGCUAGAGUUAGCAGCACGAUUGUAAAACAAGAUAGCUCCAAAUGUCUUUUAAAAGUUUCCCGAGUAAAAAACAUCAUCGGCCCCCAAACACGACCAAAUUACUUCAAGACUUUAGAUAAGCUAAUAGCUCAUGAACCAUCAAUGCAUCUCAAUUUCAAAAAGAAAGAAAAAAGUGGCAAAUGCAAAAAUAUAUCAACUGCAGCAUGCAAGAGGCUAGAGGCUAUGGAACAGCAUUUGUUUUAUUCACCAAAAAAUUAUUUACCAAUAAACGUGCGGCUCAAACAAAUUGAAGAUAAGAUAUUACAUUUGGAAUCUAUAUCACCUGAGUACUGGCAUUUCAUGGUUGAUGCUAACAACUCUCCAACAACUUCAGGUAAAAGAACCACGAGCAUGCCGGAUAAAGCCAUGACAAACGUAAACUAUAAAUCUUCUGUUAACUAUAAGGCGUAUACUGUCGAGGAAUUAGUCCUUUUAAUGCAGCAACUACAUAAUUGUAAAUAUAAGGAAGGUUUUAAAUAAAUCUGAAUAGCGUUCCUAACUGAUAGUUUAUAUGUGGGAUAAACGUAUGAUCUUUAAAAUGUCAAUAAUAUAAAAUCAUAAAUAUAUGGUAUGUGCCUAAAUAAAGCUUCCAUUAUAUCAAGCAA